GGGAAGCAAGCGCCUCACAUAGUAAUCUUCUUUACUGGUGAAACUAUAGAAAGUAAAGAUGAGUUUGAGCACAGAGAAACCAAGUAUAAGCUUGCACCCGGAGAAACCUGUUCUUUAUUCGUUCUUCCGCUCGUCCUGUGCCUGGCGUGUAAGGAUAGCACUUCAGAUUGCUGGAAUAGAAGUUGAACAGAUAGCUGUAAAUCUAGCUGAGAAUGGUCAAAACUCUACGGAAUUCGGGAAUACAAAUCCUUUGCGUCAAGUUCCCGCUUUGGUUAUUCAUGGAGUCAGAAUAUCUCAGUCUAUGGCUAUUAUGGAAUAUCUAAAUGAUAUCUCUGGUGGAAAACUUAUGCCCGUGGAUCCUAAGCUCAAAGCACAGGUUAGAAUGAUCUCUGAAAUCAUCAAUGCUGGGAUCCAACCAAUUCAGAACUCGUCUGUUCUUCUCAAGUAUAGUUCUAGUCUGGAAGAACGAGCUGCCUGGGCCAAACAUUGGAUUUCUAAAGGGUUCAAUGCACUUGAGAAGCUGCUGUCUGAGACAGCUGGACAGAUGUGUGUAGGAGACAGCGUAACCAUAGCGGACUGUUGUCUAGUUCCACAAGUCUCGAACGCUGUCAGGUUUGAGGUAGACAUGUCUCUCUAUCCAAAUAUCUGCAGGAUAAACAACAACCUGGUCAAUAGACCUGAAUUCAAGGCAUCAACACCAGAAAACCAACCAGAUUUUGUAGAGAUUACAACAGUUAUGAAGUAGACGAAUUAUAACUUUGUCAAUUUUAUAAUAUUACUGAAUAGAAUUGGGAAGAAAGUUCAAUUAUGAAGUAAAACUUUUAGAACUGAAA